AUGGCAGCAAUAGUUAUGAGAGUGUUUACGGCAUUCAGCCCUCCAAAAGUCGAAAAGAAGAAUGAUGCGAUCCGGUUUGGCAUCCUGGGGGCGGCCCAGAUUGCACCUCUUGCUUUGAUCACACCUGCCCUCUCACAUCCCGAAGUUAUUGUGCAAGCAGUUGCUGCUAGAGAUCAUGCUCGUGCUUCUGCAUUCGCCAAAAAGCACAACAUCCCUGAUGUCCGCACAUCCUAUGACGAGAUUCUCGAAGACCCUAAGAUCGAUGCAGUCUUGAUUCCUUUGCCCAAUAGUUUGCAUUUCGAGUGGGCUGUGCGCGCCAUUCGUGCUGGCAAGCAUGUCCUGCUAGAGAAACCAUCGACCUCCAACGCCAUCGAAGCCGAGAUUCUAUUCAACCUACCUGAGCUAUCACGGCCAAAUGCCCCAGUACUACUCGAGGCCUUCCACAACCGGUUCCAUCCUUCAGUACACAAAUUUCGGUCGUUUAUUACCCCCGCCGAUGUUGUUCACGUUUACACAGACUCUAUGGUUCCAUGGUUAAUGCUCGAUAAGGACAACAUCGCGUUCAACUACCAACUCGCCGGCGGGAGUAUGAUGAUGCUAGGAACAUACAACUUCGGCAUUAUCCGCAUGAUUUUCGACGACGACCCUAUCGAGUGUCUAACCUGCGAGCCUGGCAUUUUCGGUGACGGUAUCCAUGAUCAGUGUGAUACUGACUUUAAGGCCAAAUUCCGCUUUCCGAACGGUAUUGCCGAAGCUUCUACUACUAUGCGUGGGUCUGUCCUAUGGAAACCCUCCGAGGCCCGCGUGACGCACAAGGAAGUUAUCGUCGAUGACAAGUCUCUCCCGGAAACACAAGAAAAACUACGUACCCGGGUGGUUAUGCUACACGGUUUUAUCCACGCUUUUAUCUGGCACCGUAUUGAUGUUAAGGAUACCUUCCUUAUUCGUAACAAGGGUGAUCACAUGCCGGUCAAGACUUGGACCGAGUCCCAGUCGCAUAAGGCUUACAGCUAUAAGGAGGCUGGAGGAGAGUUUGCCAAUAUCCCCGGUGAGGACUGGUGGAUGUCAUAUCGGUACCAGCUUGAGGAGUUCGUGAACCGUAUUAAGGGGCGUCCCACGCAAUAUUGGGUUGAAGGUAAGGAUUCAUGGGAUCAGAUGAAAAUGAUUGACAUGGCGUACGAGAAGAGCGGGCUCGGAUUGCGGCCAACAAGUUUGUUCCGGUGA